AUGGAGGCUUUCGGAUCGGCAAGCCUCUGUAGUGCUCCUGUAUUUACACCUCCUCUCGAGGAUUUCGAUGAUCCUAUUAAGUAUGUCCAGAAGAUCUACGAUACUGCUGUCAAGUAUGGGAUCUGCAAAAUCAAGCCUCCAAAAAACUGGAGUCCACCAUUCUCGGUGAAUGACACUGAGUAUUCUUUUAUUCCACGCAUUCAAAGAAUCGCAGAUGUAUCUCCUAGGAAUCGGGAGAAAAAUGCCUUUUUAGAGUCACUUGCUAAUUAUUGGAAAUCCCAGAAUAUUACUGUGUUUGCCCAAUUUAUUCGAGGCAAACAGUUGGACAUGUACGAACUGCACGCAGCUGUAAAAAAUUGUGGCGGUUAUAACAAUGUUUGCCUCAAGAACGCGUGGAUUAUUAUAUGCGGAACAAUGGGUUUUGAGUCUUGCCCUGAUAUUGCAUCAGCUAUCUGUGCAAAGUACCAGAGACUCAUUCUUCCGUUCGUCAGUGCCCAUAAUUCAAAUGUCGACUUGUCAAAGCUGAUUGCCUGCAAGAAGUGCAAAAAAUCUAACAGACCUUGCCAAAUACUUGUGUGCGAUGAGUGCCGUUUUGAUGGAGUGUAUCAUACGUUCUGCCUUGAUAUUCCCCUUUCAUAUGUUCCCAAAAGAUGGCUUUGCCCCAGGUGUUUUUCGAAUGAAUUUAACAAGAAAACAAAAAUUGAGGCAAAUGGAUUUCGUAAAGUGGAUGACUCUUGCACAUUACGGGAUUUCAGCUACACCGCUGAUGAAUUUAAGGCAAAAUACUUCAAGAAUCCACUGUCGACCAUCACUCUUACUGACGUCAGAGAUGAGUUUUGGAGACUUCUGAAUGAUGUUGAAUGUAGUGUUAUCGUUGAAUGUGGUACUGAUCUUCGCUCGUCAAUAAGUGGCUCUGGCUUCCCCACCACUCCAAGUAAUCUGGGAGAAUUCGAUUACUGUAACUCACCGUGGAAUUUAAAUAAUUUGGCGAAGAACCCCCUCUCAGCUCUUCACUAUUUACCCGAUAGCAUGGCUGGCCUAAAGUUAACGUCCCCUUCGUGUCAUGUUGGCAUGGUGUUCUCCUACUUCUGCUGGGAUACUGAAGAUCAUUGGAGUUUUUCUAUCAAUUAUUUACACAUGGGCGAGCCUAAGACCUGGUACGCGGUUCCGGGAGCUUAUGCUGAUGCCUUUGAGGCGGCCAUGCAAGCAGAGACAUGUGGACUAUUCCCUCAUUCUCCAGACGUCUUCCACCAUUUGAUAACGCUCGUCCCUCCUGAUCGCCUUAUACACUAUGGUGUUCCUGUUUGCCAUCUCGAUCAGUUGGCUGGAGAGUUUGUGGUUACAUUCCCACGAGCUUAUCAUGCUGGCUACAAUAAUGGGUUUAACUUUUCAGAAUCUGUCAACUUUUGCCCUUCACAAUGGUUUCCAUUCGGACUCCAUUGUGUGGACCACUAUGCUCUUCUCCAUCGCCCUCCGUUGUUUUCCCACGCCGAACUCCUCUGUCGCCUUGCAGAGUCGGGAUUAGAGGGCACCAGAGUGCCUAUCACAUUCUUCCUAAUCGUGACCGAUCAACUUGCCGGGCUUCUAGCCAAAGAGCGCUCUUUGCGUCGGCACCUGGUGCGUCUGGGUGUUCGACGCACCGAGCGCUUUGUCUUCGAAGCUCUUGAAGAGGAUUCGCGCGAGUGCCAGCUUUGCAAGACUACUCUCUUCACCUCCGCUCUUACCUGCUCCUGUUCCAAGUCAGAGGACCAAAUUCUUCUUUAUCGAUAUGGCCUUGAUGAACUCUCGCAGUUUGUGGAUCGGCCGCAAGAGCGCAUACGUGAGUACCGUCAGUGGAGGGCACGUGUUGAUAACUUCUUGCGUUCAAGCGCGUCCCUUCGCAAUGCAAAAGAAAGUGAGAGCCUUGCACUCUCCUUAACCGGUGGUCAGAUUGAGAGCCAUGACACGAUCACUGAACAGGCAGGUGCAGUGGACUCUGAAGGAGGUGGUUCCAUGCACAAAAUUCCGCUUAAGGAUCUAAUUAAACUCCGAGACGUGGGUCGCCAGAAUUGCUACCCUGGUGAUGUGGUUGCUUCUUUGAGCAAAAUAAUAGAGACAGCAGAGGCUUGUGUCUCGAUGAUUGGCGAAAUUUGCUCCCAAAAACCAGAAAGUCGGAAACGCCGCCCUUCUGUCAACAGUACACCUCGAAAGCGCGGAGGUAGUAUGGAGGACUUCGUGGAAAUUGAUCUCCCAUGGAAUCCAUCGGUCACUAAGAUCACCAUGAAUGAGUUCAAGCAUUACGUGGAAAAAAUUAAUGGUCUGCCUUGCACAAUGCCCGAAGUGGAGGAGCUGAAUAGGUUUAGUAAAAGGCUGGAGGAGUGGCAUAUUUCGGCGUGUGAGGUGCUGUCACUGGCCCAGCAACUCACUGGUGAUGAUACCAGUGGAGAUCCUCUUUCUCACCUCCCUGAGGUUUACCGAAUCGAACGGCUUGUAGCUUUUGCCAGGAGUGUUGAUGUGGAGUUGUGUCAUCUGAAAGGUCUAAAGCAUCUUCUGGAAUGCGUGUCGUGGUUAGAAAGCGUGGAAAGAAUCAUGAAGCCAAGAACCACAUUAGAUGAGGAUCUUCCUCCUUUGAAAGAAGUCAUUGACCUUGAAACUCGUGGUCAGAUGCUAGCAUAUGUCCUCCACCCUGAUCGUCUUACAGGACCAUCAAUUGGGUCGGAAAAAUCCAUCACCGCUCUGGAGUCGGCCCUCUUGAAAGGAAGCAUUGGACUUCAGAAGGUAAUCUCUGAGGCUCAAGUUAUCGAAAAUGCCAUCAAGGAGGUUCUCGAAGCACCCAAUGGUUCGCGUGAGCUCUCUGAAGCGGAGGCACUGGUGGCUCAAGCGUCCAGUCUCAAGGCCACCUUCGAUGUGUCAGGGGAACUGGCUCAGCUGUGCGCCAGAGCUCACACUCUGCUGAAGCAUUUUUCAUGCUUUCAGCGCCUCUUCAAGAGCCCUUGUGUCAAUGUCGCUACGCAGUCUAGAAUAGGGAAGGCCGUAAAGGGAGAUCCGCAGCCGCAAGCGGAGGGAGAGGUCGCAGUUGAGAGCCCUUUUCCAGAUGAAUUUGUCCGACGAGCCAGGCUAUACACUGCUGACUCUACCCCACGAGUCUGGCUUAGGUUCUACGAGGAGGUCUGCAGCGCUGCCAAAAAGCUUCCCUUUGUCUUUCCAGAUACUGCACAACUCAGAAACUUGUUGAAUGCCCUUGAUCGCUGCUAUACCCGCAUAAGGGCCGCUUUCUUGCCUUCGGACAAUGAACGUGCUUUUACUCCAGCUAUCCUCUUGGAGGUACUCCUCCCACGACCAAAAUCUGCUUAUGGACUGCUCAUUCAACGCGACGCAGAGGUGAUGCCAAAUACCAGUGAUGGUGGCACCUCUGGUUCGAGCCAAUUCCCCAAUCUCUUUGAUGCCCGGGCCUAUGUCGAUGCAUGCAAGGAGAACGUUUCGAAAUUUUUACAAGAGCUCAAUGAUGGUAGUGACUUCGAUCACAUGUACGACACCGUCUAUACGCCAAUGAUUGAGAAUGAACUUCAACUUCUUCAUUACCUGCGUCGUUCGAACAUGCGCAAAUCGAAGGAGCGUAACCAGAAUGCGAACAUUGACGUCAGGCGUGUGCGCUAUACUUGUCCUCGCUGUGAGCGCUCACUUCGGCCCGAACUGUCAACUGUGAUUGAGAUACUGGAAGAACUUGUCCCUCACGUCACUGGUUCUGUAACAAAGCAAGACUCAGGGGCAACAACGGUUCUAUCUGACCAUUCACCCACAGUUAAAUCAAGCAUCACCUCUGACCUCAUGGCGCCCCUCGUCUCUGUUCCCUUCCUCCUUAAAAUACCUGUUCUUGCUGCCGUCCAGAUGCUCUGCGAGCGCGCCUUCGCUUUUGUUCGGCGUGUCAGGACUGUUAUCUUGUCUACUCCAGAACUGCGAAAGGCAUUCAUGGAGUAUGAAACCUUUUCGGGAGUGCAAAUGCAGUGGAACAACUUCAAUGAGGCUGUGAUAUUGUGCGCACCCGCACGCCAACAGCACGCCAUCUCUACUCAUCAAUCGGAGCAGGAACCGCAUUCAGUUGGCUUAAUGCGGUCGCAUUUACCGCCAAACGUCGUGCGUCCACCCGGUAUGCAGCCUCUCGUGCUGCGGACCACAGCACCACGCAGUCUCGCCUCUGAGCGGCUGCACUGCCUCCACCGCCAACAUCAGUUUAGAAGUCCUCCCACGUCUUCCUUUCUCUUUCCACAUCAACUCCAACGUUCCAUCUCACCUUCUCGACGGGAGACCCCUGCACUAGCCUUCGGAGUGGAUGAUACCGACGAUCGUGAAAUUUUGACAAGCAGUACUGAGAGGGACUACAGGAACUCAAAGGGACGAAAUGAGAAGGAGGCGGCAGUUGCACUAGCUAUUAUGUCCUCCACCAGUGCCGAUCUCAUUGAACCACCGGCCAGUCCUAGAAAGCAGCACUCGCCUCUCCAUAGUUCUCAUUUUCUUACCUGUCAUCCGCGGCGCCGAACUUUGAGCGGAGAAAUGGACUCUAACCAGGCCAGCCCUUUGUACACUCCAGAUCAUCAGCGUCAAAUGCAGUGUGAGGAUUCGAUGCCACCUGCUGAAUUCCGUUGUUACAUACCACCUGACGCAUGCAGCUGGCUAGACACACUGAUUGGGGAGGCAUGCGCACUGGAAGUAAGCCUGCCGCAGAUUCGAUGGCUUUGGCAACUCGCCCUGGCUGCAGAUCCUGACUCCCCUGGUGCUCUGCAUCCCCGUGUUGUCUAUGAGGACGAGAUGGCUCUUCGUCGACGCGAGUGUCGCAGACGUUCUAUUGGAGAAGACUUAGGGGCGCACAGACGAGCGCGUUCCUGCCGCUACAAUUCUUUCGAAAGACCAUUCUACGCUACAUUGGCUCACAAAGGAAGAGACUCUGCUCUGGGUUUGGAUAGACUGGAGUCCUAUGGUGGCCGUCAUGCCAAAAGGCCCGUGUCUCAGAGACGCAGAAAUAAGACUCUACCUCGCCCAUCUAUGAGCUAUUUUUCAUACAUAACUUCUCGGCGCCGCUUCCUCUUCAGGCCCUCACGGGAGCGCAAGGACCAAUCUGAAACUUCCAGUAGAGACGAAGAAGAGGAGGCAGAGGUAAACGUAAAGGAAGGCGAAAGCAAAGACGGAGGCGAGAAUUUCGGCUUAAAUACCAUGAUAGAUAAUCCAGUUAAAGGCAAAGAGGAAUCCUGUCGUGAACCGUCCAACUCUUCUCUUGCCUCCAUAUCAUCUGUUGUCUCUUCUCCUCUCACCGGUGGACAGCAAUCAAUCUCGAGCUCUAAAUCUCAAGUUAAAAGUAGCAAACGAGCCUCUGAAGGUGCUCACGUCUCCACAGACCAUCGUCUUAUUGCGGCUCGGGAUUUCUCUGCGACUGGUGUGGUACGCCGGACUUCCGUACUACCAUUUACCCGACGAGAUCGCAGAGGUGGCAGCAGGAUGAGAGGAGGGUUUUCGCGACGCCAACACCGAACUCUGGUGCCUCGAAGACGAUCAAGAGGGGAACACGCUGUUGGAAAAGUGAACGAGGAGGGCGAAUGGCAAGAUUUUUGCGGAGCUGCCAACGGCUGUAGAAGGCCCCGUGGUACUGUUGCUUGGGUGGCCUGUGACAAAUGCAAUUAUUGGUACCACCAACGCUGCGUCGGCAUCAUGUCCGCUCGUGAGGUACCCGAGGUCUACGUCUGUAGAGCUUGCCAAAGUGGUGAUGAUGAGGGAGAGGUGGGGAGCGGAAGAUCGCAAUUUUCUCAGCCAAAGGAUAUCCGCGGCAACAGACAACCCUGGUCUAUACUCAAAAAUGAGCAUCAACAGGAGCUCACCGGCUCCUCCGCGUCGUCAGAAUGUGUUGAGGCGAUGGAGGCACAGGAUUCAUCUGAAAAUCCCUUAACUCAAUUCAAACGGUCUCGCUCUGUGUCAUCCGAAACAAAAUUGGGAGGGGUCGAAGCAAAGAAAUUCCACCAUAGCGAAAAUAUGGGUGCUGAAGCUUUGCUUCAAGCAAUCGCUGUACUUGAAGCUCAGCCCUCGACCCAUGUGCAACCUGGUGGAAAUCUCGACGCGUAG